AAAAAAAAAAAUUUAUAAAUUUCGUACGAGAUAAAAUGGGAAGAAUUUACUGCAUUUGAGCUCAUGCCAUUAUGAGCAGACGCCUCUCUCGAUUUCGUCUCCAAAGAUCCGCAAACGGACAGAGAUCAUCUCCGGCGCAACCUCCUUCCGCCGCCGACUCACCGGCCGCAAUCGAUCCAAUCCUCAAUCCGGAUAUUCCGAGGUUUUUUCACCUGUGUAGACUCGAAUCUAUUGCAUUUCGUUGUACUGUAUUAUAAUUUCGUAUGUUGUGUUUGAGCGUAUAAUGUAUGCAACGGAUGGGGGGAAUUUCGGACGUAAAUCGCAUGUUUCAUGUGCUGUUGCUAGCAUGCACCGUUUGACUACGUCGAGAUUUGACGGCCUCUGAGGAGAGAGGGGUUUCGAAGGUACAGUUCGAGAGUGAAGAGUCGAGAGGGCUGAUAGAGUGAAGAAGGGAGAGAGAAAGAGAGAAGGUGAGAUGUCGAAUCAAGUGGUGAAGGUGAGGAGAGAGACGAUUGCGGCAUGCAUGACAUGCCCUCUUUGCAAUAAGCUCUUCAGAGACGCGACUACCAUUUCCGAAUGCCUUCAUACGUUUUGCAGGAAAUGUAUAUAUAAGAAGCUCUCAGAUGAGGAGUCGGAAUGUUGCCCAAUAUGCAACAUUGACUUGGGUUGUGCCCCAGUGGAGAAACUGAGGCCAGAUCAUAAUUUGCAAGAUGUAAGGGCCAAGGUCUUCCCUUAUAAGAGGCAAAAGGUGAAGGCACCUGAACUUGUGCCUUCAGUUACAUUACCAGUGAGGCGAAAGGAGAGAUCACUGUCAUCAUUAGUGGUUAGCACACCCAGGGUAUCCGCACAGUCUGGGAUGACUGGAAGAAGAUCAAAGUCUAUUGCUAGAAAACCAUUACGAGGAUCCACUUUUUCUAUUGAGAAGCUUAUAAACAAAGAGGAGGGCUCUGCUGAAGAUCAGCCUGAGAACUCUACGUCACCUGAGACUCUGGACAAAUUCACCCAGAAUGUGAGACAGAAUGUUACCAAUGCUGAGCCAGAUAACCAUCCUACACCCGAUAAAGAAACAGAAAAUGACGCUGAACAGUGGAAAGGGAAAGUCGAUAUGUGGAGACCAUUAAAUUGUUUGGUCGAAGCUGCAAAUCGAAGUAAAUCUUCAAGGUUUAUGCCACAGGGUUCUGCUGUAAAAUCAGAACCUUCACAUGUUGCCGACAUUGAUGGUCAUGCCCGUAAAACUAAAGUUAAAGAGCAUGGACACAAGUUGAAAGUUCAAGAUGAAAAGAUUAACAGUGGUUCUACUCCUCCAGAAUCAGAAAAACCUAAAAAAUUGCGAAGAAUUCGAAAGAAGGCACCAACUUUUCGGGACUUUAAUAUAUUCCCUAAUGCUGUAAUUGAUAAUGCAAGUGCUAAAUUUGAAAGAAGGAUUAAUCCAAUUUGGUUCUCGUUAGUGGCAUCUCAAGACCAGGAAGGAGAUGCACCCUUGCCUCAGAUCUCUGCAAAUUACUUGAGAAUUAAGGAUGGGAGCAUUCCAGUUUCUUUCAUCCAAAAGUACCUUGUGCGGAAGUUGGACCUCAUGAGUGAUGAUGAGGUUGAGAUUAGAUGCAUGGGGCAGUCGGUAGUCCCAACAUUGCAGCUGAAUAAUUUAGUUGAUUUGUGGCUCCAAACAGCAAGUUCAGACAGGCUACCAGCAAGGAUUGGUACAUCAGCAAAAGAGUUCGUGAUGGUGUUGGUUUAUGGUCGCAGAGUUCCAGCUUCUUGAAGCCAUUCAUUUUUUUCUUUUUCCCGCUUUCUCCUGCCGUUUCAACAACGGCGAAGAAUUGGUGUUAGCAUAUGGUCCGAGAGUUCCUUCUUCUUGAAGACACUCGAUUUUCAUUUUCCUGCUCUCUCUGUUCUUUCAAUAAUCUUGAUUGCGUUUGCACCCAACAAAGUAUGGAAAUAUGGAUUGCCCAUUGAACUAGCACAGAGGCGUUUAGGAUAGGUUCUCAAUGUGUGUUUGUUGUGUUUACUGUGGUAUUGUAUGAUAAAUUGUACCCUAUUGUACUCUCUAGCUAUCAUUCUAUCAAUCUAAGACUCUUAGUAGUGCUACUAUUUUGAGU